AGCUGAGGGGCGGUGCAAUUGAUGAUUCAUUUAUUAUUAAUAACCAAGAAAAAUAUAGAAACCUUAUAAAAUUAACAAGACCUAAUUCAUAAAUUAAGUACCUACCUAAAUUAUACCGUAUUUCCGAUAGCUAAUGUCUGAAAUUCACUGUGCAACGCAAAGCAAGCUACUAUUGUAUACUUACAGGUGAGGUGACCUGUCUUUAAAUCAAUACCAAUAAAGUAUACAUGAGAGCACUGUAACUUACCUCGUUAUGUCACGGUUAAACUACGAGUUUUGUACCAAACAAUUCUUACUCUACUUAAUUACGUAACUAGUAUAACUUAUAUUGCAUAAAUUUACUGUAUUUAUUGAUGAAAAAUCUUAUUAAUAACUUAAGUAAACAAUAAAAAUUAAAAUUCUCAAAAUUUGUUUCUUUACGAAAGAUGCCAUAACUUUAAGUUUCAGUUACUUACUGCACAAAUUUUAGUUAAGUACCUAUUUAAGAUUGUUUGUCUACUAGAAAUAUUUUAUGAAAAAAAAUAUAAGUAUCCAGUUUUUGGCGGCUGUUUUGAGAAAUAGUCAAUGCGUUUGGAAUAAAACGUGUUUAAAGAUUUUCGAAAAACUUUAUUUUUUCUCUCUUUUUAUUUAUUAUUAUUAUUCACAUCUGUAAUGGAAUUAUUUUCUGAAACCUUAAACCUUCACCUUCUUAGCAUUAAGUAUUUAAUGAAUACAUUCGCAACUAAUAAAGGGCCAGCUAAUAACUAAAAUAAAUACUUACGAAUUCUUGAAAUAUUUUUACAUGUUAACUUUUAUUAGUAUAGUACUUAAGUAACUACAACAUGAAUCCAAUUAAAGUAUGUUUACUUAUUCUUAAUAGGUUUCUAAUUUGAAUCUUACACAUAAGGUGGUCACUGGUCGUACCUACCUCAUUGAAGCCUAAUUAACGUCAAUUGACAAUAAGGGCUUACCCGUAAAUUACAGUUAAUCCGAGACCAAUUACCUAGUAAAUAAUUAGUUUGGCGAGUCCGAAACUUUCGCUGUAACAUCGUAACAUACCUACCUAAUCUCCAUUCUGUGUUUACGUAAUUUUCCUUCGUUACUGUUCAUUGUAUCUAAGCCGAGCAUUUGAAUUAGGGGUAAGUGAUUUACUUCCUAAAUAAGGAAAUAUCCAGAGGACGACAUACGUAGAUUAUCUAUACAAAUAGAUAUGUUGUAUACCUACUUAAUGAUAUUUUUCAUAAAAAUAUAUAAAUAAUUACGGAGAAAAUUUGUUUACUAAAACGCAAUCUGCGUCGAAGUUAUCUAAACAAAAAUGUUUACUUGUGAGAUGAUGAUGACGCAACGCAUUUACUUACUGCAAUGACGUUCGAUAUAUAUUAAUAUCGUAUUUUUAAUAUUUAAUGGUAAGAACGGGCAGGUAGAUAUUUAUGAAUCCUGCAAUAAAAGCACUAGGUAUAUACUGUCUUUACUAAAUAGGUGGUCCACUUAAGUAAUAUGUCCACCCACGCUUAUUAAUUCUCAUUACUUAACAUUUAUUACAAGCAAAAUGAAUCUGGUAGUAGCUAUAGCCCCCCCUUGUACGUAAAUGGCGAGUGGGGGGUCCCUCCGGAUCACGUUACUGCGGCGCACGUCAAGGACAUGUUGAUAUCAUUCUUUUUAUUCUUCGUGAUUUACGUAUUCCUAUUCAAGUCGGACACAAAAUCGAUCGCGUGCGGCCACGCCACGACUAUAAAUGACUUUUUACCAAGAGAAUCGCUUGCAAGACGAAUACCGUUUGCAAUCAGCUCGCGCGGGCUGGCGCACUCGGUCGGGCCGCGGGCUCCGGCCACCAGCCUCGAGCCAUGAGCCAUAGGGACAAGCCGUACUGCGUCUACCAGUACUCGCAGUACCGCGCGGCCACGGCGGGCCCCGCCCCCCGCGCGCCCCGCGCCGAGCCCCCGCUCCGCGCCCGCAGCCUCAGCCUGGCGCAGCGCCCCCGCUCGCAGCACGGCCGCCCCCCGCGCAGCGCCCCCACCGCCCCCCGCGGCGACCUCGCGCGCACCCCCACCGCGACCCCCAAACGCAAACCCCUCAACAAAGUCCUCGUCAAACAACAAAACCGAAAACUCGUCCAAAAACAACCGUGCGCCGUCGCCGUACAAACCCUGUCGCUGCCCAUGCGCUACGCAGACGGCCCCACGUUCUCCUCCAAACGACGCUCGCGCUUAUGUAACGAACACGAUACCUACCACACUAAGUCUUCUAAUCCCCUUAAACAGGUCAGAGGCAACAGAAAGCUGUGCGACACGCUCGGGGAGAGCGGGACGGAGAACCGCCUGCUGCUGCAGAUCAGCGAAGCCGAACAAGUGGCGGAUUUUGAAAGGAUUCUUAAUUCUAAUGCAAUAUUGUGGUCGCGCUCGGUCGGGCCGGCGUGGCGCAGCGCGGACUCGCCGCGGCCCCGCUCCGGCUACUCGCUGCCGGCAGUGACGCGCGCGCACCUCGCGCUGACCCGCGACCUGCUGCUGGCCGCCCCCGCGCCCCCCGCGCCGCCCCCCGCGCCCGCCGACCUGCGGGACCUGUCGCUGUACUACGACGACGACGCGGCGCUGCAGCGCGAGCUGUCCGCGGCCGCCGACCGCGCCGCCGCCGCCGCCGCCGCCGCCGAGCCGCUCCGCAACUUCAACGUGAACCUCGCCUGCCUGCUGGGCCUGCAGCUCGGGGACUGCUCGCCGGCGCCGCCCCACGAGAAGGAAUGGCUCGAAUCGAGCAUGAGCGCCGAUGACAAACGCCAAGACAAGCUCGACUGCGUCGACAAACUAGCACAAAACCUGAAUAGCGUCAAAAUCGACGGAAAUGAAAAGGUCCCGACGAUAACCUUCAGCAACUGUUGCGAGACUCGCUCCGGCUCAGAGGCGACGGACAAUAAGAGCGUCGAGAUCCACCUGGCCGUGCCCUCCGUGGACAGCGGCGUCGAGGCGCGCCCGCCGGCCAUGUGA